AUAUUUAUUUCUUUUUUUGUGCAUUUUUGUGUGAGUUUAUAUUUUUAAGAGCUCUCUUUCUCACUCUUUCUUUCAUUGACCAUGUCGAAAAGAGGUCGUGGUGGUUCCGCUGGAGCUAAAUUCAGGAUUUCCCUGGGUCUCCCAGUUGGUGCAGUUAUCAAUUGUGCAGAUAAUACUGGUGCCAAAAAUCUCUAUGUUAUCGCUGUCCAAGGUAUUAAGGGUAGACUUAAUCGUCUCCCAGCUGCUGCAGUCGGUGAUAUGAUUGUUGGCACAGUCAAAAAAGGAAAGCCAGAACUCAGAAAGAAGGUUAUGCCAGCUGUUGUCAUCAGACAACGUAAACAUUUCCGCAGGAGAGAUGGUGUCUUCAUUUACUUCGAAGACAAUGCAGGAGUUAUCGUCAAUAAUAAAGGAGAAAUGAAAGGAUCAGCUAUCACAGGUCCAGUUGCUAAAGAAUGUGCCGAUCUUUGGCCAAGAAUUGCUUCCAAUGCAGGCAGCAUUGCUUAAUUCAUCAUUACAACACUUUCAAUUAAAUGCUUUCAAUAAAUGUCCAACAGAAAAGAAAAAAAA